AGUGAAUGAAUGAUUCAUAACGAUCUACGCUGCACAGCAUACUGUACUCACGUGUUACAUAACGAGCGUAGUGCCAGUGCUAAGUGCCGUGCCGGUUACGUAAAGAUAGCGUACGCCGAGCCGUGCCGCUUCUCGCCUCUGAUGCAGGUCUUCAGUAGUCGCGCGACCGUCCAGUGAGGCACAUCUCUUGAAGUGUCAGGAGUUUUCUGUUGGCAUCGGACGUAGGAUGCAGAAGUAGCCCGAUACAGCAAGAGAAGAUGAAUUCCAGCGAAGAUUCACUGUUCCUGGAGGCCAUGGUGGAUGUAAACAUCCCCUGGACGAAGGGGCUAGCAUCCAUGUUCUACCUUGUCAGUCCCACCGAAUCCUCCUACAAGACUGUGGAAGAAGUCCCUCAAUUUUAUAGAAAGGCAUGGCCUUAUUUCUUGUUGUUCAUCCUCCUGGAGAACGUGAUCCUGUGGGUGGAGAGGAAACCGCUCAUGAGAGUCAACGACGGCCUAACCUCUCUGGCACACGCUCUCUUCCAGGAAUCUGGCAGGUUGUUGUUCCGAGGAGGUGAGAGUGCCCUGUACAUCUAUAUCUAUGAGCAUUUUCACAUAAUAGACCUGCCAUGGGAGUCUCCGGUCACAUGGUAUAUUGCCGCAAUCGGAGUUGACUUCUGCUACUACUGGGUUCACAGAGCCAGCCAUGAGAUACACAUCCUGUGGGCCCAACACCAAGUUCACCACAGUUCGGAAGACUACAACCUGGCUGUGGGGCUGAGGCAGUCUGUACUGCAAGGCUGGUGCGGUUUUAUAUUUUAUUUGCCGAUGGCCGUGUUCGUUCCACCAGCUCAGUUCUUGACUCACCAGCAGUUCAACCUCUUGUACCAAUUCUGGAUUCACACAGAGACAGUCAAGUCUCUUGGGCCCUUAGAAUGGCUUCUAAACACUCCCAAACACCACAGAGUGCAUCAUGGUAGUACACUAUAUUGUUUAGACAAGAACUACGGAGGAUUUCUCAUUAUUUGGGACAGACUGUUUGGGACAUUCCAGAAAGAGGAGGAGAAAAAGGAAAUCAUUUACGGAUUAGUUAAAAAUCAGCCUUCAUUCAACCCUCUGUUUCUUCAGGUGUUCUACAACAUGAACGUAUGGAACAAAAUGCAGAGUAUGGCAGGUUGGCAGAACAAACUAGGAGCUGUGAUCAAAGGACCCAGCUGGCUGCCUGGCAAACCUUGGACGGGGGCUGAUGAGGACAAAAUUGAUGUGAAAAGCAGAGUCAAAUAUGAUGUUAAACUUCCGUUGUGGCUCAAUGUAUAUAUUAUAGUACACUUCGCCGCUGUUACUGUUGGCUUCCAGGAACUAGCUCUGCGGUAUAUGAGCAUGGGCCCUCUAACAGUGCUGUUCUUUGCAUCCUACAUCAUCGGCUCGUUGACGGUGAUUGGGCUGUUGCUGGAAGCGAACUCUCAUGCAGUGAUGUUUGAGGUUACUCGGUGCACAGCGCUGGUGCUCCUGCUGCACCAGUGCGCAGGCGCUCUGAGAGACCCGAUAAUUGCGCCUGCGUUGUUACAACUGUUCUACAUCACUUCCGCUUCCUUCUGGGCCCUUCGGUGCCUCACAGGACUGAAACAGAUCCCGCACUCUCAGUAGAUUAUAGGCUGUAUUACGUUAGAACGCUAAGUGUUGAUAUUUAUUUAUUAAUUUGGUUCCAUUCAUAGCAUGUGGAAGGAUUUCCCCACAUUCUGAAAAAAAUGGUAUCAGUGAAAUUGGCUGAUACUUCAACCACAUUAUUUAAAGUAAGUUCAUCACGCAGAACUGCAAACAUAUAAGCUCCUUAUGUUAGAGAUGUCAUAAAGUAUAAAAAAAUCAGGUUAUAUACAAUUAAAAUUGUAAUGUACUUGUAUACUACUACUGUGUUUCUGUACAUGGAAAAAUCACGGUUUAAUUAAGGAAGUAAGGUUUUAUAAAAGAAAGCUCAUAACAUUUAUAUUGUAUGGACCUUGUUGUUGGCUGUAAAUAAUAGGCUGGUUCUGCUUUAAAAUGGAUACCAGUUUGAUUUAUUUACUAUUAGGUUAUGCCAGUGGUGAUAACAUAAUGCGUAUGCAUUAUCUUGAGAUCUAACUAUAGAUCUAUCUUAGAACUAUAGUUGUUGUUACGUUUAGUAGUUUUAUGAGUGAUCUGAAGAAAAAUUGAGCUUGCAGUAAUAUCAUAUUUUGAGUUUGUUCAGUAUUAUGAAUUAAAUAAUAUCAGAAAAAUGUUUGUUACUGCAAUUACAUGUGUAAAAAGAAAUUAUUUUUUUUAAAUGUAUGUGAUUCCAUAUACCAUAAAUAUAAAUAAUAGUUAAAAGUUAUAAUAAUAAAAUACAUAUGAAAUGUAGUCAAGUUCUUUUUUGAUUGCAAGUAGUUUUAAUUUGUUCAAUCACACACAUUUCAUCACACUAUGUAAGUGCUUAAGGGGUCAUCUCUUUUCGUCUUAAAUAUGGAGAAAGACCGUUUGAAAGUUACAUUACAUAAUAACCAAUAAUUAAAUAAUUAAUGUAAACCGUUUGAGCACAAAGGGUAAUUUGUAAGACAUUUACAGGUACCACAGUCAACAAGUAGUUAUUACAUGUAUAUGGAAAAUUUAUUUAGAUUAUUAUUAAUUUCAAUAACUUUUAUGUGGUUUUAGGAUAAGUAAAUAUUAAUUUAAGGAUAUUAACUAGAAUAAUACUUAUUUAAGAAAUAAUUAAAAUGUUUAAUAUUUUUCUUUAUCAUGCUAUGAUUUUCCUGAAUAAAACAGGGUAUAAUAUUAUACAAAAUAGGUCUAGUAGAUUUAUGAAUGUUUAUUUAAUUUUCUACGUGUUUUAGUAUUAUAUUAUAGUUUUAUUUAUCGAGUUUAGAGGCCUAAUAGGCAGAUAACAAUGUAGUGUUUAUUGUAGCUUUUUGAUAAUGGUAUGUACCACACCUGAAGAGGUGAUGUCACCAAGCUUCGUUUUAGCAAGAGAGACAAGAUUAAAUUCUCUGUUCAGUUAAUUCCAUACAAUUGAAUAGAGUGAAAUUAUUUAAAAAGUACGUUUUCCUAAUUUUGGAGGAGAAAUGCCACAAUGUAAUCCGUAAAAUCUCUUUUGCCUAUUCAGAUAUUCUCAUGCGUUUAUUCCAAUAAGAGCUGCAUCAUUUAUGAAAAUUACAUAUUUAUUCUUAAUUACUUUUUAAAUAUGGCAUAUAGUAAAAACAAGAUUCAAUUUUAAAUACAUUAUAUGAAAAACACUCAAACAGUUUAUUUGUGACAAAAAAGUUUCAUUAACAUAACAUUUGUAAAACAAAAAUUCUAAUACUUUUAGAUGCAAUUAAGCAAUUUGUUUCUUUGUAUGGACUUUGUUUUGAAAAUACGUCGGUGUGAAAAGAAUGAGAAAAGUACAAAAAACAGCCAUACUGAAGUGCCAUUUUUAGGUUAAUUACCUUAGCUAACUGAACAGUGUUUCAGUACAAAACAUAGUAUAGACAUCGUUUAGAUUAUUUGUUAUACCGUGUGACAAACACAGUAUAUCCAUUAAGUGAUGUUAGUAUUAAAAUCGUUAUUAUUUAUACUAUGGUCACAGACGACCAUUACAAUAGUUAUACUCCCGCAAGUAGGUUUAAGAAGCGUAUUUUUACUCUGGUGAGAGAAAUAUGUCAACGAUUUUAUUUUUGUUAAUAAAACGUAAUAUUUUUGCUACAGUGGUGUUAAAGCCUUGUUAUUGAGUUAAGUUUUAAAAUAAAGUUAAUAAAACA